UAGCAAGCCAAGAUGGGGGCAGGUUUAUUGUGUAGUGUUGUAGUAAAGUGUGUUUUUGUAGCGAUUUUUUCGUUAUAAAAAUGUUUUUCUGUUUAAAACCGUGACAAUAACAUUUGUGACUCAUUUUAAUGGGAUUUUUUCACCAUCGUCGGGCUUUAAGUUAAACAAUGGACGGGCAAAGGGCGUUAGAAAUGAUGCCCCUUCUUCAGGAACGGCUGGUAGUGUUGACUGGUGGACGGGACCGAAGAGGUGGACCAGUUUUGACAUUUCCCGCCAAUCCUCGCAGAGAACGAGCCAAACCUGAGGAUUAUAGAAAAGUUCUGCAGUACCUAAUGUCCAUACCAAGUGAUGAGGCUCGAAAUCUGGGAUUUACCGUCCUGGUGGACAUGAGAGGAUCAACUUGGUCAACCGUAAAACCCAUCUUGAAGGCACUGCACGAGCACUUUCCACCUGGCACCAUCCAUCAGGCGCUUAUAGUAAAGCCGGAUAAUUUCUGGCAGAAGCAGCGGACGUCACUUGGAUCACAUAAGUACAAAUUCGAGACAAAUAUGAUAAGUAUAGAAGCUUUGCCAAAAAUAAUAGAUAGUAGUCAACUGACAUCAGACUUAGAAGGCACCCUUCCGUAUGAUCACGCUCAUUGGCUCGAAAUUAGAUUAGCAAUAGAAGAAUUCGCAUGGCAGGCAGCUGAUCUCCUGGAUAGACUAGAUGAUUUACAGGAGGACUUGGCCAGAAACGAUUUCGCUGACGAUGUGAGUGGCGCCAAACAUAAAAUUGACCUCCAUAAUGAAAUGAAAAAGAAAAUAAUGAAGGCUCCGGUGGACGACAUCGAUUUAUUAGGUCAAAGAUUGUUACAAAAAUCAUGCGGCCUUGACACCGGCCAAGGAGGCGGGGGUGGUGGUGGUGGGGGAGGCGGAGGACGUGAACCAGAAUCUCCUAGCAAUACGAAUUCUGAGUUAUUAGGAACCAAAAAUUUAGUUUUACAAAAUUUAGAAGCUGUGCAUUCGUCGCAGCAACACCUUCUUCAACUGUGGCAUCACAAAAAGCUCAAGUUGGACCAGUGCUUUCAGUUGAGGUUGUUUGAACAAGAUUGUGAAAAAAUGUUCGAGUGGAUUUGCCAUAACAAAGAUGUCUUCCUUCUUAACUAUGUAGAAAUAGGCCACACUUACCAGUUAGCUAAGCAACUUCAAGAGGAGCACCAGCACUUCACGAUGAGCUCGAUGAAUGUGUACGUCAAUAUUAAUCGAAUUUUAUCGGUCGCGUCGCGUCUCAUUGAGGGCGGUCAUUACGCCGCCUCGCACAUUCGAUCGGUCGCCGGACGAUUAGACAGGACUUGGAAGGAUUUUGCGGCUGGGCUUGACGAAAGAACUGCGGUGUUGGCAUUGUCUGUGAUUUUUCACCACAAGGCAGAGCAAUAUGUGGAGAAUGUGCCUUCUUGGAAAUCUGCAUCUGAAACUGGAAAUAUUCCUUCAGAGAUUAUGAUGCUAGAAACUUCGAUACAUCAACACCAAAAUUUGUAUGAAUCUAUGUGUCAAGCAUACACAGAGGUUCAUAGUACCAGUAAGAAACUACUUUAUCAGUUAGACCAUUUGGUUCAAGUCUGCAACCAAUCUGGAAAGGAUAAAAAACAUGGCGAGGGAACGAAUUUCGAAAACAGACCCGGCGGCAAUCCCGCCGCCGAUUAUAGCGAGGGCGCUAGUCACGUUUUGGCCGUCAUUCACCAAAUUUUGAACCACCAUCGAGCGCUCGAACAAAAAUGGCACGCCAAGAAGAUUAAACUACAUCAAAGGCUGGCUUUGAGAUUGUUUCAGGAAGACGUUAAGCAGGUACUGGACUGGUUGGCAAAUCACGGUGAAGUGUUUAUUAGAAAAAACACUGGCAUCGGACGGAAUCUUCAAAAAGCUAGAGUUUACCAAAAGAGCCAUGAACAUUUCGAAAACGUUGCACAGAACACAUACACCAACGCGGAUAAACUUCUUGCGGCAGCUGAAGAACUCGCCCAUACGGGCGAAUGCGAUCCAGAUGAGAUUUAUUCGGUAGCUCACGAGCUGGAGGCUCACGUGACUUCUUUCGCAGCUCGGGUGGAACAGAGGAGGCGUCGACUCGAUUUGGCCGUACUGUUUUAUACCCACGAAAAGGAUCUGAGCAAUUGGGUGGACGAUCUCAGGCAGGAAUUGCAGAAUGAUGAAAGUGUUGCAGAAGGCUUAGAAGCAACGGAAAGGCUUCUGGAACAAACUAGUCAACAUCGCGAGCAAAGUCUUGAUGCUUGUGCGUCGACUAUAGCCCAAGGAGAAGCGCUUCUCCAAGAACUGAGGUCUAUUGCGGAUAUGGACACAACUGGUUCAGUAGCAGCCAUUGAAUCAGCCCUGGAUCGCUUAGCCAAACAAAGAAACGAUUUGGAAGAACUCUGGGCAGCUAGAAAACUUCGUCUCGACCUCUGCCUCAGGUUAAGACUCUUCGAAAGGGACGCUUUGGAGGUUUCCUCGCAGCUAGAAAUGUGGUCCGAAGAGCUACAGCACAGCGAACUGACUGGAGACAUACCUAAGGCCGAACAAUUUUUGAGGUUGCACAACGAAAGCGUCAGUCAGAUGCAGAAUACUACGUAUCAGGUCUUGCAGCAGGGACAGGAUUUGGUGCAGGUGUUCGAAAAUUCGGGGAUUUGCGUUAUGGCUGAUGCUCAAUACAAUGCUCAGACAAGGGUUCAAGUAUUACUUGAAUUCCUUCACGACAGAGAAAUGGAUCUGGAAGAACUGGCAGAACUGAAACGUGUUAAACUCGAACAAUGUAUCCAACUGGGUCAGUUCCAAAACAACGCAAACCAAGUGAUAAGUUGGAUCAGAAACGGCGAAUCAAUGCUGAUGGCUAGUUUCACUAUACCCAAUAGUUUGGCGGAUGCCGAGCUUCUCAAAAAAGAACACGAACAGUUUCAAGUUGCAAUAGAAAAAACGCAUACAUCAGCUGUACAAGCAAAGCACCGUGCCGAUACCCUAAUAAAUGGUAACCAUUAUGACCCACAAAGCAUCAAAGACAUUUCCGAAGAAGUAACCAAAAGGUGGCAGCAGUUGGUGACUUGUGCUGAGGAAAGGCACAAAUUAGUUACAGCAAGUUUGAAUUUUUACAAAACUGCAGAACAGGUUUGCUCCGUCUUAGACAGCUUGGAGAGAGAAUACAGACGAGAUGAAGAUUGGUGCGCGACAGGUCAAGCCAACGUCGACAAGGCUACCGCAAUAUCUCAACUAAUCAACAAACACCAAGAGCAGAAAGAAGCCUUUUUAAAGGCUUGCACGUUAGCGCGACGGACGGCCGAAACAUUUUUGAAAUACACCACUAGGAGCUUGCAGUUUUACAACUAUACGAACACGACUGGAAACCAUGAGUCGAGAGUUAAAGGUAUUCUAGAGAAGUUGUUGAACCAAGAAAACAAGGUGCUGGAACAUUGGACUCAAAGAAAGAAGAAGUUGGAUCAGUGCCAGCAGUUUGUGUUGUUCGAGAGAUCUGCCAAACAAGCUAUUGAAUGGAUCCAUGACACAGGGGAAUGUUACCUAACAACUCAUGCAACGAAUCUAGGCAACAAUAUCGAAGAAACGGAAAGUCUGCUACGCGAACACAACGAAUUUAAAGGUACUGCCAAGGAGACCCGGGAAAGAGUGAAACUGCUCAUUCAACUGGCCGACAGUCUCGUCGAAAAGGGUCAUGCUCAUGCUUCUUCCAUCAAACAAUGGGUUGCAGCAGUUGAUAAUAGGUAUAAGGAUUUUAGUUCUCGAAUGGAAAAUUAUAGACAGCAAUUGGAAGAAACUUUGGGCAUACAAGAAGAGGAAAGCGAAAAGAAAGAACUCUCAAUCGACAGAAAUUCUGAUCCAAAUUUGGAGGCUAAAGUCAAAGAAGCCGCCGCCAAAGAACUGAAAGAACUUAACGAGGAGAAGAGAAGAUCUGCUAGGCGAAAAGAAUUUAUAAUGGCUGAACUUUUACAAACAGAACGUACUUAUGUCAAAGACUUGGAAACCUGCAUAAAUUGUUUUCUCCACGAAAUGAAAAACUCAUCUUCAGUCCCCAGUCCGCUUCAAUCCAAAGACAGCAUAAUUUUCGGCAACAUGGAGGAGAUAUACGAAUUUCAUAAUUCGAUAUUUUUAAAGGAAUUAGAAAAAUACGAAACGAUGCCCGAGGAUGUUGGACAUUGUUUCGUCACUUGGGCGCAGAAAUUCGACAUGUAUGUAACUUAUUGUAAAAACAAACCGGAAAGUAAUAGUCUGAUCGUCCAACAUGGUGGGGGAUAUUUCGAAGAGUUGCAGAAGAAGCACAAGGUGGAACAUCCGAUCGCCGCGUACCUCAUUAAACCCGUACAAAGGAUAACCAAGUAUCAGUUGCUGUUAAAGGACCUACAGAGCUGUUGCGAGGAGGGACAAGGAGAAAUAAAGGACGGCUUAGAAGUAAUGCUUAAUGUUCCAAAGAAAGCAAACGAUGCUAUGCACUUGUCUCUCCUCGAAGGCUGUGAUAUGUCUACAGAUAAGUUGGGCGAAGUCGUUCUUCAAGACGCCUUUAGCGUCUGGGAUCCGAAGCAACUCAUUAGAAAAGGACGAGACAGGCAUAUUUUUCUUUUCGAAAUGUAUCUCUUAUUUACCAAAGAAGUUAAAGACUCCAUAGGAAAGGUCAAGUACAUCUACAAAAAUAAAUUAAUGACCUCAGAGUUGGGUGUCACCGAGCACAUGGAAGGUGAUGAAUGCAAGUUUGCAGUAUGGACUGGUCGCGCUCCUAUUUCGGACUACCGUAUCGUGCUUAGAGCGUCUUCGCUUGAAACUAAGCAACUCUGGGUUAAGAAAUUGAGAGAAGUCAUACAAGAAACGUAUUUCAGUGGAGCCUUGCCUCUGUCGUUACCAAAGAGUCCAGCUAAGUUGAAGCCACAUAGUCAGAGGUCGAGUCGAGACAUGGAGGAGUGCAAUUCCCUGGACGAGAGUGUUGAAAAUUUGGACCGCAACUCGUUAACUUCGUUUGGUUCGGGAAAUACUACAGAUUCGGACAAGGCCGGAGUCUUAGAAAUGACAUGGGUGAUGAGCGACUUCACAGCCACCAACCCUCUCGAAUUGAGCGUCACUAAAGGACAGCAGGUGGAAGUGGUGGAAGUGUGCGCUUCCAAGCCGGACUACUGUUUGGUUCGAAUGCCGACCAGAGGUACCGCCGACCACGAAUCCGCCGUGGUACCAGAAGGGUUGGUACCCUUGGCUGUCUUGAAACAACCACCGCCUCAUAGAGGUUCGCCGUCAAGGAGGGUGAAUCCUACAGAACAGGAUAUUGAUACGACAAUUCCAAAUGAUACCUCAGCUGCAGUAAAUACAUCAUCACCUGUAAAUAAACGACGAGGAUUCAGUGGGCGGAAAUGGCUGCCUCCUCCACUCCGAAAACUGUCACAGGGUAAGGUCGACAAAGCGCAGGUCAGCACACCACCACCCCUUAAAAAGACUGGAUCUGAUAAGAGGAUAAAGGUAAUGGAAUAGUUU